AUGGUGUGGUGUGACCGUGGCGUCCAGAUGCUGCUGACCACGGUGGGCGCCUUCGCCGCCUUCAGCCUCAUGGCCAUCGCCAUCGGCACCGACUACUGGCUCUACUCCAGCGCCCACAUCUGCAACGGCACCAACAUCACGACGGACGAGGCGCAGGGGCCGCCGCGGAAGGCGCGGGGCGAUCUCACGCACUCGGGGCUCUGGAGGAUCUGCUGCCUCGAAGGAAUCUACAAAGGACAUUGUUUCCGGAUCAACCACUUCCCUGAAGACAACGACUACGACCACGACAGCUCAGAGUACCUUCUCCGCAUCGUCCGUGCCUCCAGCGUGUUCCCCAUCCUAAGCACAAUUUUGCUGUUGCUGGGAGGGCUCUGUAUCGGAGCAGGAAGGAUUUACAACAGCAAAAACAACAUUAUUCUCAGCGCUGGGAUUCUCUUUGUUGCAGCAGGUCUAAGUAAUAUCAUAGGGAUCAUUGUCUACAUAUCGAGCAAUGCAGGUGACCCAAGUGACAAGCGAGAUGAGGACAAAAAGAACCAUUACAACUAUGGUUGGUCUUUUUAUUUUGGAGCCUUGUCUUUUAUUGUGGCCGAAACCAUCGGCGUUCUGGCUGUGAACAUUUAUAUUGAGAAGAACAAAGAGCUGAGGUUUAAGACCAAGAGGGAAUUCCUUAAGACUUCUUCCAGUUCUCCCUAUGCCAGGAUGCCAAGCUAUAGGUACAGGAGGAGGAGGUCCAGAUCCAGCUCCCGAUCCACGGAGCCUUCUCCAUCCAGGGACAUUUCUCCGGUUGGCAUGAAGAUAGCAGGCACCAUCCCCAUGAAUGAAAUUUCCAUGUACACCCUUUCCAGGGAGCCUUUGAAGGUUACCACGGCUGCCAGCUACAAUGCAGACCAAGAAGCCAGUUUCCUGCAGGUCCACAACUUCCUCCAGAAGGAAUUUAAGGAAGGACUCCACGUCAACAUGGUCAACAGGAGAACGACGCCUGUUUGAAGAACCUUCCUUCCUCGUGCUUUUUGAAGAGAUGCCCAAACAGAAUGGAUCUGUCAGGAGCGAUGUUAAAAUACCCUCUCACCUCUUUAAUUGUGGCAUGUGUUGAGGUAGCGAGUGGAGACCCUCUGGACCAACAUAAAGAUAUUUACACACUCGUAGCUUUUUUUGAAGCUAUUUGGGGUUUGUUUAUUUCCGUUCUUGGUGUCACAAGAUGAAGGCAGUUCAUGUUCCUGCACUUUUGUAGUGUGUACACAGUCUUGGAGAAACUGCAAAGGACUGGCCACCAGUGUGUUUUAAAGGAUUACAGAAAAAUUGUUGUACUUCUUUUUUUUUUCUAAUAUAGAGAUCCCUUAAUACAAACUUGCAAAUAUAAUUUAUAACCAAGCCCAAGGAUGAAAAUGAACUACUCAUCAAGUGAGCCACUUUCCUUCGACACGGCAUAAGCUUUGCCUCUUUCAAAAAAAAAAAAAAA